CCAGUCAACAGAGCUUGUUCUGUUUUGCAAGCAAAAGUAUGUGAUGUUCUACAGGAGAGCAUUGCUAAGCAGUUUAAUCCAGUUAGGUCGAAGACGACAAACAACUGGUUUACCUCAUACAAAGUUAGAUGUGCUAAACGAAUGGCGUACAUAACUAAAGACGAAAGGGAGCGUGAUGGUCUCGUGAAACACACCGGAGGAUGCCACUGUGGCGCGGUGCGGUUUGAGGUGUGGAGCUCUCCGCAUUUACACGUGUUCAACUGCAAUUGCAGUAUUUGUACAAAGAAACAAAAUCGCCACUUCAUUGUGCCAAAAUCCCAGUUCACCUUGCUGCAGGGCUCAGACAACAUAACCACAUACACAUUUAACACACACCUGGCCAAGCACACAUUCUGCAAAACGUGUGGCGUCCAGAGUUUCUACACUCCACGUUCCAACCCUGAUGGGUUUGGUGUGGCACCUCAUUGUUUGGACCCUGGAACAGUGAGCAGUGUCACUGUGGAAGAUUUCUGUGGGCAGAACUGGGAAGAAAGUAUGCAGAAGCAUCAAACUAUAAGAAGUAUGUCAAAACCAACAACUGACACAUAACUCACUUUUUCCAUUGGCCAAUGAAGCUCUAAGAUUAAAUUGUACUCUUCUGCUUCUGAAGGCAUUUUUACCAAUAUAUUAGUGACAACAUGAAUAGACCUUGAGGUUUUGUAGCUUUUGUUUAUUACCUUUGAGGCCUCCUACUGUAUAUGCUAGUGUACUCCUAAUUGUUAACAAAAUUCACUUUUGUGGAUAUAUACAUUUAUAAUAAAACUGUAGGGAUUUUAAGAUGAAGAAGGGAUGAUAUCUUUGGUAUGUACUACCUCGACUACCUAAUGUAUCAACCAAGCAUAUCAUCUGAAGAAAUGUAAGCAAAAUUUAAUUGAAAAUUGAACAGACGUUUGAAAGUAUGUUGUUGAUCGAUAUAAUACCCAUGUUUGAAUUGUGUUAAUGUCUGUUUGUAUUGAGGAUGUCAGGUAUAAGGAAAACUAAUAAAAAUUAAAAUAUCAAGAGAAAAAAUAAAAAGAAUGAAAGAAAUGUUUCUUUCUCUUUAUUAAAUUAA